AUGGUAAGAAUUGAAUAUGACAGAUUCAUUCCCUACAGAUCCGCCAUGGAUUUCGGGAAAAUUACGGAGGGAAGAAAGGCUGAAGAAGAAGAAGAAGUAUCGCCAUCGAGAGAAGCCUACAAUACGCGAUUGUUAGAGGCUUUGGAUCUCAAUCGCACUCGGAUUCUUGCCUUCAGUAGCAAACCUUCUUCUCUUUAUCAGCCUAUCAAACACUUGGCGCCUCGCAGACGAAUUUCUCAGAACCCAGAGAGAGUAUUGGAUGCUUGGAAUAUUGUGGAAGACUUUGGGCUCAACCUGCUUGAUUGGGGCAGUGCCAAUGUCUUAGCCAUAGCGUUGGGAGACACUGUUUGUCUCUGGGAUGCUUCCACUGGCUCUGUAUCUGAGCUUGAGGCCGCUGACGAAGAGAACGGACCCGUCACUAGCGUGAACUGGGCGCCUGAUGGUCGUUACCUCGCGGUGGGGCUCAACGACGGCGAGGUGCAGCUUUGGGAUUCUGUAGCCGAAGUUGUACUGAGAACGUUUCAAGGUUGCCGCCACGGGAGAGUAGGAUCAUUGGCGUGGAACGAUCACAUCCUGACCACGGGAGGAUUCGACGGACGGAUCACCAACAACGAUAUGCGGAUGGGCUCAAACGUUGUGGGAACUUACAAGGGUCAUACUCAAGAGGUGUGUGGUCUCAAGUGGUCUGGUCAGAUACUAGCUAGUGGUGGCAACGACAGUUUGGUACACAUAUGGGAUCAGUCCAGGAAUACGAAUUGGCUGCACAGGCUCAGGGGACACACAUCCGCGGUUAAAGCUCUCGCAUGGUGUCCUUUCCAGAGCAGUUUGCUUGCAACUGGCGGUGAUCAGACGAUAAAGUUCUGGAAUACUAAGACAGGGGCUUGCUUGAAUUCAGUAGACACGGGUUCUCAAGUUUGUUCUUUGCUGUGGAGCAGCAAGGAAAGAGAGCUACUUAGCUCACAUGGGUUUCCUCACAACCAGCUUACGCUCUGGAAGUACCCAUCGAUGCUCAAAAUGGCUGAGUUCACUGCUCAUACAUCAAGAGUUCUGUAUAUGGCUCAGAAUCCCGAUGGUUGUACCGUAGCUUCAGCGGCAGGAGAUGAGUCUCUCAAGUUCUGGAAUGUUUUUGGAGAGAAACCUGCUCCCAAGAAAGGCCAUGAGCCGUUCUCUCGGUAUUCACAGUUGGUCUUGAAAGAGCUUCUGAUGAGGAAGAUGAACUGGGAGUUGAUUGCCGAGGACAAUUAUAGGGCUCUCGCUGAUGCUAUCUUCGAUGCCCAAGAGAUUCAGGCUGCAGAACGGGACAGAGGGAAGAAGAAGGCACGUGAGUCCGGACACAGUUUUGAAGAGCCUACAACUGGUCAUGGCGGAGACACUGCUCCUGAUGCUGGUGCGCUCAUUGUUCCAAAAGACGAGCUUUUUGCAGAUAUUCAGUAG